UUCAAAAACGGAGCCCUUUUGCAGAUUAUAACAAGUCUUACUUCAACACCCGUCCAGCCCGUUCACUCAGUGAGAGCCAGCGUGUGCAGACAGUUUAUUUGUUCGUGGAGAUUUUCUUUCUAGAAGUCCAGCACGGCGUUUGUUAAAGGCGAGAUUUUUCGCGCAUGCGCGCUCGACUUCUAGAGAUUUCUUCACGUGUUUCUCCGCUGUGAGCUCAGUGUGGCCCACUCGCUUCACUCCGCCGCUGCUUCAGCUCCUGAACCGCAACUACAGACAUGGCUAAGGCUUUCCGGAAAUUUCUCCCAAUGUUCGACCGCGUGCUGGUGGAGCGGUUAGCAGCAGAGACUGUGACUAAAGGAGGUAUCAUGCUUCCAGAAAAGUCACAAGGCAAAGUGCUGCAGGCCACAGUGGUGGCUGUAGGACCAGGAGCCGUUAACAAGGACUUCUACAACUGGCCUGAUGAAUCUUUUGAGGAGAUGGACAGCACUUUGGCAGUGCAACAGUAUAUUCAGCAGAACAUCCGCUCUGACUGUUCCAACAUAGAGAAGAUCAUGGAGCCUCCAGAGGGACAGGAUGAGGGAGUGUGGAAGUACGAACAUCUCAGGCAAUUUUGUUUGGAGCUCAAUGGCUUGGCUGUUAAACUUCAGAGUGAAUGCCACCCAGACACGUGUACCCAAAUGACUGCCACUGAGCAGUGGAUUUUUCUCUGUGCAGCCCACAAGACUCCUAAAGAGUGUCCUGCCAUUGACUACACGAGGCACACCUUGGAUGGUGCAGCAUGCCUUCUUAACAGCAAUAAGUAUUUCCCUAGUCGCGUCAGCAUUAAGGAGUCAUCAGUGGCAAAGUUGGGCUCAGUUUGCCGUCGCAUCUACAGAAUCUUCUCCCACGCCUACUUUCACCACCGCCAAAUAUUUGACUCUUAUGAGAACGAGACGUUCCUGUGUCACCGCUUCACGCGCUUCGUGGUGAAGUACAACCUGAUGUCUAAAGACAACUUGAUCGUUCCCAUCCUGGAGGACGAGGGCCAGAAUACCUCUGCUGGAGAGAGUGAAGCCUGAGCUCCAGCUCCAGAACUGACUCAGCGUUUCAGCAGGAGCUUAAACGUCUGCAAUUCAGGAAAAUUCACUUCGCAUCUGGAGCCUCCAAGAUCAUUUGCUUUUUCAUUUGCCCCUUGCAUCUGCCCGAAGCCAAAGCAUCUUUCUCUCCAUACAUGUUGUGUUCCAGCGUAAUGGAUCAUGCCAGUCUUUCAGUUGUUGGGGUCUCUUUCUUUUCCUGCUUUAUAAAUGAGUGUGGUGAUAUUCACCCCUUCCUUCCUUGUUAUCAGGUUAUUGUAUGGAUGGAGGUGUCUUAUCUAACCCAUUGUAUUUAUUUAUUUUUUAAAUGAACUAAAUAUAUUUUCAUUAUGGUUGGUGUUAAUAAAAUCUCCAUUGAUCUCCGCUG